UUCCAACGAUGUCCACAACCGGCCUCGGUUGGAUCGGAUGAGGUCACAGGCCCUUGUGAGGUGUGGGGACGCGCGCGUGCCACCUCAGCGUUUUCCAGGAGGCGUUCAGGCAGCAGGUGCUCACCAGCUCAGCCGCUUUCCAGGGAGCCCAGCAGGACGCCCCAGUGGCCGAGGUCUUUGUGCCAGACACCUCAGGCAGUUCCAUGGGCGGAGCUUCGGGCUGAUCAGUUUGUCAGGAAACACUUUUAUCUUACUGCUCACUCCUAUUUAUUCAUCAAGGCCUUUGGGUCCUGAAGGACAGAAUUUACUUCCAAAUAGAAAAAUGGAGAAAACACAUUUAAUUUGCAAGACAGAAGAAAGCAUUGAUGUAUCAAUUCACAGCUCUGAUACUUUCACAACCAAGUUGACAUCAAGAAAUAUUGAAACUAAGAAAUACUGCAAAAUUUCUAAAACAACAGGGAAGAAAAUUUCAUCUGAAAGUAAGGGUUUCAUCCCAGAGUAUAAAAAAAUAUAUGAAACAUCACUACUUGUAUAUAGAGAAGAAAAAUCUACCGAGUUUUCAGGAUCAAGAAAAAUCAGGAGAAAGAAGAGUGAACAGGUACAACUUCAGAGUAAAAGAACUGAGGUUGCCACUCCCUCUUUGAAGGCGUCAAAGGAGAAGAUAACCAAGAAAGAAAGCCCUUCCAAGUUGCCAAGUCAAAAGCCUUCACUAACUCAACAUACAGCUUCAACUCUUGGGAGAAAAGAGAUACCUUCUAACCUCUCCAUGACAUUAUAUGAACAAAUACCUGAAGAAUUCUUAAAACACCAAGAACUAAAUGCCCUUUCCAGGGGUUGUUUAAUUUUCAGUAAAGUUCGAAAUGGUAAGAUUUAUGUGAAUGAUUUGCCAGUGGUCCUCCACACCUUGAAGAUUUCUAUGAGUGAUACAGAGAUGCGUCAGGCACUGAAGGCUGUUAAUGUUGAUGUUAACGGAAUGCUGGAUUUUACAGAGUUCCUUACGGUCAUGAAUGACACUUCUCCGUCAACCUCUCAGGAGCCAGAAUUUCAAAAUGCCUUAAAGAUGUUUUCCAAGGUGAAAAGUGGUCGAGUGGCCACUGCUGACGUGGCUGCUGUCUUGGAAAGCAUGGAUAUCCCAGUAAACCCUGAGAUGCUCAAGGACGUGAUGGAGCACAGUCACGAGGACAAUUACCACACUAUGGACAUUGGAGACAUUAUAUUUACUCUGGAUGAACUACAACGGCAGUAUGAAGAUGUUUCAAUAAUGGAUGAAACUACUUCAGAUAAAAGAGCAUCAUCUAUCCCAGGACACUACCCACAACAGAAGAAGAAAGGCAGUUUGAUUUCCAGAAUGCCCGAACCUAUCACACCAAAAAAGCAGAUUGUGCCUCCCCAACCACAUCCCAGAAAAACCACCGGGAAACAGGAUGAGCCUGAACUUAAACCCUCCAAAAGAUUUUCAGAGACAAGACGACUCUCAAGUGGGAUCAUCAGUGAUUCUGUGGGACUUCAGGAAUCACAUCUAAAGAUUCAGGAUUCAAAGUCUAAAACACCUUCCGUGAAGAGUACUACAAGCCUCAAGAAGUUACUAGAUGAAAGUGAUACAAAUCUCAAUAAGUUACUGGAUAAAAGAGAUACAAGUUUCAAGAAGUUACUUGAUGAAAGUGAUACAAGCCUCAAGCCAUUACUGGAUAAAAGCGAUACAAGCCUCAAGAAGUUACUGGAUAAAAGAGAUACAAGCGAUACAAGCCUCAAGAAGUUACUGGAUAAAAGAGAUACAAGCCUCAAGAAGUUAUUGGAUGAAAGUGAUACAAGCCUCAAGAAGUUACUGGAUAAAAGAGAUACAAGCGAUACAAGCCUCAAGAAGUUACUGGAUGAAAGCAAUACAAGCCUUAAGAAGUUACUGGAUAAAAGCGAUACAAGCCUCAAGAAGUUACUGGAUGAAAGCGAUACAAGCCUCAAGAAGUUACUGGAUGAAAGCAAUACAAGCCUUAAGAAGUUACUGGAUGAAAGCGAUACAAGCCUCAAGAAGUUACUGGAUAAAAGAGAUACAAGCGAUACAAGCCUCAAGAAGUUACUGGAUGAAAGCGAUACAAGCCUCAAGAAGUUACUGGAUAAAAGUGAUACAAGUCUCAAGAAGUUACUGGAUGUAAGCGAUACUUUUAUGUCAGAACGUCAGAAGUUGGCUAUGAGGAAGCUGUCCAGCACUACUACAUCUAAGAAAGAAUCUAUAAUCAGUGCCUUAGAAAAUGUCUAUGAAGCGGUCACCAAACUCCGAGAAGAUUUCAUUUUUCCAGAAGAACUGCAGUCCACCUUACCCUCGGUAGGGAUUACUUUAUCAGAGGAAGACUUCCAGAAGAUUGUGCCAGAGCUCACUCAAACUGAAAGUGGAAUGGUGAAUUUAGAUGACUUUAUUACUGCAGUCUCCAAGGAGCACAAUUUUACAGACUAUGAUGCAUUGAAAGAUGCCAUUGAAGGCAUUAGUAAAAUUCAGGAUGAAUAUGUUGACUAUGAGGAUCUGGACGCUUGUCUUCAAAGUUUUGGAGUUUACCUUCCUAAGUCAGAACAAGAGAGGAUCAACGAAUUAAUUCAAGUUGACGAGAAAAAACAAGUGAAUAUUAAAGACUUUAUUGAUACCAUGCUGAAAACCACACACCCCUUCUCUGAAGAUUUAUUAUUGCCCGCUGCUAUUGAGAACCUGAAAAAUCUCAGCAGUGACCAGAUGACUGUUUCUCAGCUGUGGGAGACACUGUCCAGUUUGGAUAGUAAUUUAAAAGAGAAGGAAUUCUUAGAGGCAGUGAAAUUAGCAACAAUUGAUGGUGACAAAGUACAAUUGGAAGACUUUUCAAAAUUAUUAAAGGAUGCGCAUGACUCCUUCAGGUUAAAAGAGUUGCAGAAAAUAGCUUUGGCUCUUGAUUCGCUCAAAGGUGAGAAGAUAUCAGGGAAGAACUUGGAAGAUUUACUAAGUAGUCUUGGGAUUACAUCAUUUAAAGAUGAAGUGGAUGAAAUCCUUCAGUCAGACAUUGUUUCUGAUGACAACAUGGUGAAUGUUAAAGACUGUAUGGCAGCUUUGAAAGACACUUCGAAGUUUUCAAACUUCAUUGCAUUGGAAGAGGCCAUUAAAAUGUUGGACUCUGUCAAAGGAAGUUAUGGGUCUGAUAAAGAGAGAUAUCUGGAGGGGCUGGAAGAUCUAGAGGGUUUAAAAAAAGAACUGUUGUCUUCAGACCUGAAAUUACCAACAGUAAGCAAGAUCAUGGAAGCUGCUGACAUCUUGUCGCAGGUUGAAGAUGGCAAGAUUGCUGUAUCUGACUUGGAGCGUGCCUUGAAUUGUUUGAAUCUUAAUUUAACUGAAGAGGACUUUAAAGAAGUUCUUAAACAUUGUGAUAUUGGUGAUAACAUGGAUGUGGACUUACAAGAUUUCUUAAUGAAACUGAAAGAUACUCCAAGCUUUAAAGACUCUGUAGUCACACAGCUGCUGCUAGCUACUCCCCAGGUUGUCGAGAAGGAUCUAAUUGAUGUCUCUGACUUAAAGAAGUUAUUGUCAAAUAAUGACCUUUAUUCAGCUAAAGCCGUACUGUCUGAAGUAUUAAAACAUGUUCCUGAAGAUGAAGAGGGCAAAAUUGCCAUUGAAGAAUUUGUGAAUGAGUUUGGGGAUAUCUUGAGAACUCUAAAAUCUGCACAAAUGAAAGAGAUGCUUCACAACACCAACUUUGACUUAAAUAAUAUUGAUGCAAAUUCUGAAAUUAAGCAGAAGUUAAAUGUUCUGGGAAUCCACCCAACAGACGACGAUAUACAGAGAGCGAUAGAGAACGUUGCUUCUUCUGGUAAUGUGGUGAUGCUUAAGGAUCUCAUCAGAGAACUGGCCAAGAGUGAUGAGUUUACGGAGUGCCAACAAAUAGAAGACAUUCACAACAUCAUUGAUGUAAUCAGUGAUGGCAAAGUGGACGUUAAAGACCUUUUGUCUGUCUUGAAGAGCUUAGAGGAGAAAGACCAGCCUGAUGUAUCUCAGAUCUCAGAAAUGAAUGAAAAAGAUGUGAUCUUAAGAGACAUAAUUGAUCACUUCACUGCCGUGUCUACUGCAGCAAAACGGUUCAACAAUUUAUUGAAAGGAGUCAAAACUUUGAAUAAUAUCAGAAAUAAUAAGAUGCCUGGAGAUGAACUUGUCUCCAACCUCAUGAAUACUGGGAUGCCAAUAAGCCACAGCACAAUGCAGGAGACCCUGAGACAAGCCUUCGUCAAUGAAAAUGAGGAAGUAAGUCUCAAACAGGUUUUGGAAAAUCUAGCCACACAUAAAGUAGAUCCUGUACUGGAAGAUAUAGAAAAUGCCCUUAAUUCUGCCAAGUUGAUGACUUCUGACAAAAUUCAAUUUGCCGACUUAGAAGAUGCUCUUAAAGACCUCAAUAUUCAGUUAGAACCGGAAGACCAGCAGCUGCUAGAGAAAAUGCUCAAUGUUGAUGAAGAUGGAAAAGUUUCCUGGAGGACUGCUCUUUUAGCACUGAAGAGCAUUAAGCGUUUAAAGGAUUUUAGAGAGGUUGAUAAACUUGCAAAGGCUCUAGACAAAGUCACCAGUGAGAAGGUCAGGGCUGAUGAUCUGGAACUUGUCUCCAAAGGCCUGGGGCUCCAUAUCCCAGAUACAGAACUACAAACUCUGCAUGAAGAGAUCUCUGUUGAUGAGGAGGGGAAUGUGGAUUUAAAAGAGUGGCUGACGAAGCUGAAAGAAACACAUUUCAGUAAAAGUUCAAAAAUACAAGCUCCCUUGGAAACUCUGGCCUCUAUUAGAGGAAAUGAGACAAAUUAUGAUGAUCUACCCUCCAUUUUGAAAAAUGUGGGGCUUGAAUUACCCCAAGAUACAAUUGAGACAGCACUAAAGAACUUGGGCCACAGGGAGGAUGGGAAACUGAACUUAGAAGAGUUUCUGAACCAUUUGAUCAAGACACAGCUUUUACCUGUCCCUGAAAUUUUCUGGGUUUUUGGAUUCCCUCUUGUUUCCAGUGUCUACAGUACUGAAAACAACAGUGGUAUGGAUAAUUCUAACAUUAAGCUGAAAUUAUAUCCCCGUCUCUUCACCUCAUAG